AGAGUCUUUUCCAGAGUGGACGAGUACAUUUGCCCAUCCACCCAACACGUCGCGACCUGCUCUAAACCUCUAAGCAUCAAGUUCGAAUAAUACCGGAAGGUACAGCACCAUGUCUCUGCACGAUAUGGUCAACCUUUAUGGGCUUUAACCAAAAGCUCCCAAAUAUAUCCAUCAUCACCAGUCGUCACUACCAAAGAGAUUAGAGAGAGAGAGAGAUUUUGAUUUUAGAAAAAGAAGAUGUUUUUGCAGAAGCUAACUAAUGGAUUACUCUUUAUUUACUUUCCGUUCAUUUCAAUUGUAGCUCCAUUAUUUGAUGGGCAAACAAUUUUACCUAUUGAAUUCUUCCCUAAAGUCCUUAUCGAUUUAAAAUCAAGUUACGCGCAAGAAAACAAUGAUUAUUUGAUUUCCGACAAACCCCACUUCUUCGUUGGACUUGUUUGGGUCGAACUUCUUCUUCAAUGGCCUCUCUGUAUUGCUAAUCUCUAUGGAAUCGUCAACAAGAAAUCAUGGGUUAAGAAGACUUGCUUGAUUUAUGGUGUUUCCACUGCUACUGGCAUGGUUGCAAUUUUGUCGGAAUUGAUUAGAUCAGAAAAGGGUUCAUCCAGGGUUGUGAAUAUCUAUGCACCUUUCAUGGCUUUUGCAAUAAUCUGUAUUCUGAUUGGGCUGACUACCAAAUCAUCAACAGUUAAUCUCACUACAAGGCCACCAAUUUCUAGAAAAAAGAGGGCUUAAUUCAUUUGAUUUGGAGUUUUUCUUGUAUCUCAUUUUUCUUGUGUUCAUUUCUUUGUAUUGAGAUACCUCAGUUUUUUCUGUUUGCAUGAAUUGUUGUACUCUUAGAUUUCCGAUACAAUUGAUAGAACAAUUAUUUGAAU